AGUUGAUUGGAAGCUCCUCAAAGUGUAAGAAAUUAUUACCAUCAGUGUCCGUCAUUGCUGUCUCUUGAGAGAGACAGAGAGCAGAAGGUGAACAAAAACAAAAUAAGAAGUGUUCUAAUUGAUGAAAAUUAAAUAAAGAAUAACUUGGAAGAUCGAGGAAGACCCAGAAGAUGGAUGGUGAGGUGAAGAAGCGCAAAAGUCGGGAUAGGAGGACAAAAAGUGUCGAUGUGAGUGAAGAAAGUGAAAGAGUUCAAUGCGAGAAAGCGACGGAACCCAUGGAAAAUUGCCCGGAUCUCAAAAAUGCCGCAACAGCCACUAACCACUUUACAAUUUCCAUUGAAUUGGAUCUCGUGGCAUGGACACUCUUCCUCGUGGCAUUCCUCACGCGGACAUUCAGAUUAUCUCAACCGCGAGAUGUUGUCUUUGAUGAGCUCCACUAUGGGAAAUAUGUGUCACUCUACAUGAAGAAUACUUUCUUCUUUGACCAACAUCCACCCCUUGGGAAGCAGAUCAUUGCUGCCAUGGCGUCCACUGUAAAUUACGAUGGGAACUAUACAUUUUCCAAGAUUGGAGCACCCUACACUGAGAAUGUACCAAUUUUCUGGCUACGCUUUAUUCCAGCUCUCUGCGGUAGUCUCCUUUCGCCAUUAAUGUACAAACUCCUCCUUGCACUUGACCUCAAUCGCUGGACAGCUCUACUUGGAGGCAUCCUUGUGAUUUUCGAUAAUGCCCUCCUUACGCAAUCACGUUUUAUUUUAAUGGAACCCAUUCUGCUGUUCUUCCUAACAUUGGGUCUAGUCUUCCUUGUGAAAUUCCACAGUACGCAACUUUAUUCCCCACUGUGGUUUACUUAUGCAACUGCUGCUGCUGUUGCAUUUACCUGUGCCGUAGCUGUUAAAUACGCUGGUUUCUACUCAUGCUGCCUCGCUGCAAUAUCCAUUCUACGGAAUAUAUGGAAACGUCUUCGUGAUAAAAAUGUAUCCGAUUGGCAGCUAAUCGUUCAAACUUUUACCAUUGCAGUGAUCUUCACCGCUAUACCGGCAACAGUUUACACGGGAAUAUUUUAUGUACACCUACGUACUCUACAUAAGGCUGGACCACAUGAUUCCGUCAUGACAAGUGCCUUCCAAGCUUCACUCGAUGGUGGUUUAGCUUCCAUCAUCAAUAAGCAACCAAUUGUUAUAAGUCAUGGUUCACAGGUUACAAUAAAGCCAACAUUUGGACGUCCCUGUUGGUUGCAUUCACAUCCACACACGUACCCUAUAAAAUAUCCCGAUAAGCGUGGCUCAUCGCAUCAGCAACAAGUAACAGCAUACUCGUGGAAAGAUGUUAAUAACUGGUGGAUUGUAAAGAGACCAACAAAGAAUGAUUUGGUGGUUGGUGAUGAACCAGAUCCCAUUAAGCAUGGUGAUGAGAUUCAUUUGGUACAUGGUCUCACGGCUAGAGCACUCAAUAGUCACGAUGUAGCAGCACCGGUAACACCGCAGGCACAAGAAGUUUCCUGCUACAUUGACUACAACAUCUCCAUGCCAGGGCAGCUCUUGUGGCGUGUUGAAAUUGUCAAUCGUGACGAAGAAGGUGACAUCUGGAAGGCAAUUACAUCUCAUGUGCGUCUCAUUCACGUUAGCACGGGUACGGCUCUUCGUCUAUCGGGGCGUCAACUACCAGAUUGGGGCUUUAAUCAACACGAAGUUGUAUCGGAUCGCGUUGUCAUUCAACCAAGUACAGUGUGGAAUGUUGAAGAGCAUCGCUACACAAAAACUGAUGAUCAGAAGGAACGCGAAAGGGAAUUAGUGAAUCGCGAAAUGAUUCCCCUAACACGAACUAAUCCCUCAUUCUUGCGCAAAUUCACCGAGUUGCAAAUGAAGAUGCUGUGGUACAGUGAUGGUUUACAGGCAAACAGUCACAUGUACGGAUCAACACCACUUGAAUGGCUCUUCCUCGACAAGGGUAUUGCGUACUGGGUUGAUAGUCAGUCCAAUGGUCAGAUUCAUCUUCUUGGCAAUAUUGCCAUUUGGUACGCGGGAACUUUUGCUGUUGUCACCUACCUGGCACUUCUUGCAUUUUAUCUUCUUCGACGACGAAGAUUGUGCUUCGAUUUACCCGAUGGAGAUUGGGAGAAAUUCCAAAUGUCCGGAGAACUUCUUCUUGGUGGUUACCUCAUAAACUACUUGCCAUUCUUCUUCACCGAACGAGCACUCUUUCUGCACAACUACUUCCCAGCUUUAAUCUUCAAAAUUCUCCUUCUUUGCUUCAUCAUUGAGCACCUGUACAUUUUACUGAAGCUCUUUGCAAAGCACUCCAUCUUCCUGCAUCUAGCACGAUUGGUUGUCUUUGUGUGGAUCGGUGCAGUUUUUUAUAUUUUCCGGAAGUUUGCUGUGUUGAGCUAUGGAGCAGCCAAAUUGAGUGCUGAUGAUGUGAUAAAUCUCCGAUGGAAGGAUACGUGGGAUUUUAUAUUGCACAAAAGAACUCCUCCUGUUUAGCAGGAAUGUUGUAAAAAAAUUGGAUGUGAAGGCUGUUUAAACAUAAAAAUGGCCUAAAUACGGAUUUUUUUAAAAAAAAAAUAAUUAGCUUAUUAAUUAUUUUCUCUCCGUCUUACAUCAUUAUCCUACAAUACAUUUCUACGUAAAUUCCUUGUUUAAUAAAAAAAAAAGAUUUUAUUAUUUUUCAAUACUCAAAUGAUUAUUGUAGUAUAAAGUUUUUAUAUAGUGGCAUUAUUUAAAAAAAAAUAGAAGCAUUACUAUAUUUAUUUUUUAUUACCUGUAUUUUUUUUAAUAAAUAUUUUUGUAAUAAUUUUGACU